AUGUCCACCUCAAAAGACCUACCACCACUCACCUUGAGUGACACUCGCUCCUCCAUCUCCGCGGUGCCCAUGAGUGAAGUCGAACCAAGCCCCGUCGACGAGGAAGAACCACCAGAGUAUCCAACCAACCCUUCCGAUGUCGAGAAGCAAUCCCUCCCGUCCUCGGCAUACAACACAACCAACUUCCUCGGUCUCACACCCUCCACCACCCUGAAAGUCCUCUCGAGUCUCCAGAAAUACUCGACCAUCCCGCCCACCAUCUACCUGACCAUGCACUACGCCAACACCAGCCUCAUACCGCUGAUCACCCAGUCUGCGCGGGAAUCCGACAAAUACCUCCUCCUCACAAGACCAUACUACCAGUCCUUCCCACUCGAGCCGCUGCUCAUCUUCGCACCCAUCAUCACCCACGUGGCCAGCGGCCUGGCACUGAGAAUCUACCGCAGGCGCGUGAGCGCGCGGAGACACGGCGCGGAGACGCACGGCCAGCGCAAGAACAUUCCCUGGCCGAAACUCAGCCUGACCUCCGCGCUGGGCUACGCCAUGUAUCCCAUCUUCGCCCUGCACGUCCUCACCCAACGGAUGAUCCCCAAGAAGAUCGAGGGCAGUUCCGCCGGCGUCGGCCUCCGCUAUUUCGCGCACGGCGUCGCCCACGACCCCUGGGUCACCAACGUCGGCUACGCCGUCUUCGUCUCCAUGGCGAGCUUCCACUUCGUGACCGGCGCCGCCAAAUUCCUCAAGCUGUCCAAGGAGUAUAUCACCGAGGGUGGAUAUUCUGGACAGAUGAGGAAGAAAUGGAGAGGCAGGAUCGUCAACGGCAUUGCGGCGCUCACCGCUGCCCUUUGGAUUGCUGGUGGGCUGGGCGUGGUCGGUCGCUCGGGUAAAGGUGUCGGCUGGGAAGCCACCAACUGGGAUAAAAUCUACAAGGCCGUCCCGCUGAUUGGUGCCACUUUUUAA